UGUGUGUAAGAGAGAGAGAGAGUAUGGGAGAGAAUAUAAAUAAAGCAAAGGGGGCCAUCUGUUUAUCACAAUAACCCUAUUCAUUAGCAAUACAUAUUUUUUGGACGAAUCAUGCAGAUUCUAUCGGUUGUGCUGGCUUACCAUUCCUUGGUGACCCUUGCGUUCUCUCCAAUACUCAUGUUUGCACCGGAGAUGUUGACGAAGGCGGAUCAGGCCAAGAAAAGUGACGACGUACCAGCCAGCGCAUCGAUCAAAUCAGACAAGUCGACUGUGAUAAUGCGUAUUUGCGGCAUUUGGGUGUUCUACGGAGGCUUGACGUCACUUUAUGCUACUGGAUAUUUCACUGCUGUUACGAAUGAGCUUCAAGUGGUUGUUUCAGGGGCAUUGAUGCUCACUCACUUGGCCGAGGCUGUGGUAAAGAUGAUCUACACCGGAAACCAUAUGUCAAAUACGCACGUGUUUAUCCUACUUCUUGUUGGGUUGAUCCUCAACCACAUCAUAUGAGGCGUUCAUUUUUAACCGAGUACAAUUGGGUCCCAAUUAAUCAAUUUCUACUUAAAAAAUGUGCACUCAUAUACCACACAUUUCUCGGUGCACGUAUGAGUUGUGCUGCCAGAAAAACAGUUGUAUAUUAUGUGUGUACGGUGAGCAUACAUUUUGUGUACGAGAGAAAACAUAAACUAAAAUAUAUAUAAAAUAUGAGCUCGGACGCAAUCUGGAAACCAUAUAAACUUAUAUAC